AUGGGGCCGGGGGCCCGGCGCCGCCACCACCGCGGCCUCCGGAUCUCGCCGCCGCCGCCACUGCCGUCCGUGCGGUCGCUGCCCAUAUUGCUGCUGCUAGCGGGGCCGGGGGCUGCAGGCGACCCCGAGACCGCGCCCCCUCACGGGGAGGAGAGGAGAGGAAUUGGGGGCCCGAACGUGAACGCGCCCGCGGCUGCCCCGCCCCCUCUCCGGACAGGUGAAUCACCGGUGCGCACUACCGCCCGGAGCCGGAGCCGGAGCCGGGCCAGCCCGAGGUGCCCACCAGGCUGGGUAGGUGAAAGGUGCCAGCUGGAAGACCCAUGCCAUUCGGGACCCUGUGCUGGCCGUGGUGUCUGCCAGAGUUCUGUGGUGGCGGGUGCUGCCCGGUUCUCCUGCCGCUGCCCCCGUGGUUUCCGAGGCCCUGACUGCUCCCUGCCAGAUCCCUGCCUCAGCAACCCCUGUGCCCAUGGUGCUCGCUGCUCAGUGGGGACCGAUGGACGGUACAUCUGCUCCUGCCCACCUGGCUACCAGGGCCGUAGCUGCCGAAGUGAUGUGGAUGAAUGCCGGACCGGCGGCCCCUGCCACCAUGGUGGCACCUGCCUCAACACCCUUGGCUCCUUUCGUUGCCAGUGCCCUGCUGGCUACACGGGGCCACUGUGUGAGAGUCCCGCUAUGCCCUGUGCUCCUUCACCAUGCCGCAAUGGGGGCACCUGUAGGCAGAGCAGUGAUCUCACCUACGACUGUGCCUGCCUUCCUGGGUUUGAGGGUCAGAACUGUGAGGUAAAUGUGGAUGACUGUCCAGGUCACCGUUGUCUAAAUGGGGGGACAUGUGUGGAUGGCGUGAAUACCUACAACUGUCAGUGCCCUCCCGAGUGGACAGGCCAGUUCUGCACAGAGGAUGUGGAUGAGUGUCAGCUGCAACCCAACGCCUGUCACAAUGGAGGCACCUGCUUCAAUACACUGGGUGGUCACAGCUGCGUGUGUGUCAAUGGUUGGACAGGGGAGAGCUGCAGUCAGAAUAUCGAUGACUGUGCCACGGCUGUGUGCUUCCAUGGGGCUACCUGCCAUGACCGGGUGGCCUCCUUUUACUGUGCCUGCCCCAUGGGCAAGACUGGACUGCUGUGUCACCUAGAUGAUGCCUGUGUCAGCAAUCCCUGUCAUGAGGAUGCUAUCUGUGACACGAACCCCGUUAAUGGCAGGGCCAUCUGUACCUGUCCACCUGGUUUUACUGGUGGAGCAUGUGACCAGGAUGUGGAUGAGUGCUCCAUUGGUGCCAACCCAUGUGAACACCUGGGCCAGUGCGUGAACACACAGGGCUCAUUCCUGUGCCAGUGUGGUCGUGGUUACACUGGCCCAAGAUGCGAGACAGAUGUCAACGAGUGCCUAUCUGGGCCCUGCCGAAACCAGGCCACAUGUCUAGACCGCAUAGGCCAGUUCACCUGUAUCUGCAUGGCAGGCUUUACUGGCACCUACUGUGAGGUGGACAUGGAUGAGUGUCAGAGCAGCCCAUGCGUCAAUGGCGGAGUCUGCAAGGACAGAGUCAACGGCUUCAGCUGCACCUGCCCCUCAGGUUUCAGCGGGCUCAUGUGUCAGCUGGAUGUGGAUGAAUGUGCAAGCACUCCCUGCAGGAAUGGCGCCAAGUGUGUGGACCAGCCUGAUGGCUAUGAGUGCCACUGUGCGGAGGGCUUCGAGGGCGUGCUCUGUGAGCGCAAUGUGGAUGACUGCUCGCCAGACCCGUGUCACCACGGGCGCUGUGUGGACGGCAUCGCCAGCUUCUCGUGUGCCUGCGCCCCGGGCUACACCGGCACACGCUGCGAGAGUCAGGUGGACGAGUGUCGCAGCCAGCCCUGCCGCCAUGGGGGCAAAUGCCUAGACCUGGUAGACAAGUACCUCUGCCGCUGCCCUCCUGGCACCACAGGUGUGAACUGUGAGGUGAACAUUGAUGACUGUCUCAGCAACCCAUGCACCUUUGGAAUCUGCAGGGAUGGCAUCAACCGCUAUGACUGUGUGUGCCAACCUGGCUUCACAGGAGCCCUGUGCAAUGUGGACAUCAACGAGUGUGCUUCCAGCCCCUGCGGCGAGGGAGGCUCCUGCAUGGAUGGGGACAACGGCUUCCAUUGCCUCUGCCCCCCUGGCUCCUUGCCCCCACUCUGCCUCCCCCCAAGUCAUCCCUGUGCCCAGGAACCCUGCGGUCACGGCGUCUGCCAUGAUGCACCUGGAGGGUUCCGUUGUGUGUGUGAGCCUGGCUGGAGUGGCUCCCAGUGCAGCCAAAAACUUGCUAGAGACGCCUGUGAGUCCCAGCCCUGCCUGGCUGGUGGGACCUGUACCAGUGAUGGAACGGGAUUCCGCUGCACCUGUCCCCCUGGUGUCCAGGGCCGCCAGUGCGAGCUGCUCUCCCCCUGCAUUCUGAACCCCUGUGAGCAUGGAGGCCACUGCGAGUCUGUCCCUGGCCAGCUGGCUGUCUGCUCUUGCCCCCCGGGGUGGCAAGGCACGCGAUGCCAGCAGGAUGUGGAUGAGUGUGCUGGCCCCUCCCCCUGCGGCCUGCACGGAACCUGCACCAACCUGGCGGGGAGUUUCAGCUGCACCUGCCAUGGGGGCUACAGUGGCCCCUCGUGUGAUCAAGACAUCAAUGACUGUGACCCCAACCCCUGCUUGAAUGGCGGCUCCUGUCAGGACGGCGUGGGCUCUUUCUCGUGCUCCUGCCUCCCUGGCUUUGCUGGCCCCCACUGCGCCCAAGACGUGGAUGAGUGUCUGAGCAGCCCCUGCGGUCCUGGCACCUGUAUGGACCACGUGGCUUCCUUCACUUGCACCUGCCCACCGGGAUAUGGAGGCUUUUACUGUGAGCAGGACCUACCAGACUGCAGCUCCAGCUCCUGCUUCAAUGGUGGGACCUGCAUGGACGGCGUGAACUCCUUUAGCUGCCUGUGCCGCCCGGGCUACGUGGGUGCACACUGCCAACAUGAGGCCGACCCCUGCGUCUCGCAGCCCUGUGUGCACGGGGGCAUCUGCACUGCCACUUACCCUGGCUUCCUCUGCACCUGCCCUGAGGGUUUCACAGGCACCUACUGCCAGACGCUGAUAGACUGGUGUAGCUGUUCGCCUUGCCAGAAUGGGGGUCGCUGUUCCCAGAACGGGGCAUCUUUCUACUGCCUUUGCCCCCCUGGGUGGAGUGGCCACCUCUGUGACAUCCAGAGCCUGCCCUGCAGGGAGGCGGCAGCCCAGAUAGGAGUACAGCUGGAGCAGCUGUGUCAGGCCGGUGGGCAGUGUGUGAACAAGGAUGGCUCCCACUACUGUGUGUGCCUGGAGGGUCGGACAGGCAGCCACUGUGAGCAGGAAGUGGAUCCCUGCUUGGCCCAGCCCUGCCAGCAUGGGGGUACCUGCCGAGGCUACAUGGGGGGCUACAUGUGUGAGUGUCCAGCUGGCUACACUGGAGAUAACUGUGAAGAUGAUGUGGACGAGUGUGCCUCUCAGCCCUGCCAACACGGGGGCUUCUGCAUUGACCUUGUGGCUCGAUAUCUUUGUUCCUGCCCCCCCGGGACACAGGGCGUGCUCUGCGAAAUUAAUGAGGACGACUGUGGCCCAGGGCUACCCCUGGAUGCCAGCCCCCGGUGCCUGCACAAUGGUACUUGCAUGGACCUGGUAGGUGGCUUCCGCUGCAGCUGCCCUCCAGGAUACACUGGUCUGCGCUGCGAGGCAGACAUCAACGAGUGUCGCCCAGGUGUCUGUCAUGCAGCACACACUCGCGACUGCCUGCAGGACCCCGGUGGGGGCUUCCACUGCCUUUGCCAUGCCGGCUUCACAGGUCCCCGCUGUCAGACUGUCCUGUCUCCCUGCCAGUCCCAACCAUGCCAGCAUGGAGGCCAGUGCCAUCCCAGCCCAGGCCCUGGGGGUGGGCUCACCUUUGCUUGCCACUGCAUCCCGCCUUUCUGGGGCCCGCGUUGCGAGCAGGUGGCGCGUUCCUGCCGGGAGCUGCAGUGCCCAGUGGGCGUCCCAUGCCAGCAGACGGUCCGUGGGCCGCGCUGCGCCUGUCCCCCGGGGCUAUCGGGGCCCGCCUGCCGCGGUUUCCGGGGGUCAGUCCCUGGGGAUGCGAACACCAGCUGCACGACUUCCUCUUGUCUCCACGGGGGCUCCUGCCGCCCGGUCCCGCUCGCGCCCUUUUACCGGUGCGCUUGUGCGCCAGGUUGGGCCGGGCCGCGCUGCGAGGUGCCCGCCGCGGUGGCCGAGGCCCCGGAGGAGCCGUUGUGCCCCAGCGCCUCCUGCCAGGCCAAAAGCGGGGACAAGCGCUGUGACCGCGAGUGCAACACCCGUGGCUGCGGCUGGGAUGGCGGCGACUGCUCGCUGAGCGUGGGCGACCCCUGGCGGCAGUGUGCGGCGCUGCAGUGUUGGCGCCUCUUCAACAACAGCCGCUGCGACCCUGCCUGCAGCUCCCCGGGCUGCCUCUAUGACAACUUCGACUGCCGCACAGGGGGCCGUGAGCGCUCCUGCAACCCGGUGUACGAGAAGUACUGCGCCGACCACUUUGCUGAUGGCCGCUGCGACCAAGGCUGCAACACAGAGGAGUGCGGCUGGGACGGGCUGGACUGUGCGGGCGAAGUGCCGGCCCUCCUGGCCCGAGGGGUGCUGGUGCUCACUGUGCUCCUGCCCCCCGAGGAGCUGCUGCGCUCCAGCGCCGACUUUCUGCAGCGGCUCAGCGGCAUCCUGCGCACCUCGCUGCGCUUCCGCCUGGACGAGAACGGCCAGGCCAUGGUCUUCCCUUACCACCGGCCCUGGCCUGGCUCAGAAUCCCGCAACCGGAGGGAGCUGGCCGCCGAGGUGAUCGGCUCCGUGGUGAUGUUAGAGAUUGACAAUCGACUGUGCCUGCAGUCGCCGGAGAAUGACCACUGCUUCCCCGAUGCCCAGAGUGCAGCCGACUACCUGGGAGCUUUGUCAGCCGUGGAGCGCCUGGACUUUCCCUACCCGCUGAGGGCUGCCCGGGGGGAGGCCCUGGAGCUGCCAGAGCCCAGUAUGCCGCUGCUGCCCCUGCUGGCUGCCAGUGCCGUCUUUCUGCUGGUCAUCCUCGUCCUCGGCGUCAUGGUGGCCCGGCGCAAGCGGGAGCACAGCACCCUUUGGUUCCCCGAGGGCUUCGCGCUGCACAAGGACGUGACCACUGGCCACAAAGGCCGGCGGGAGCCUGUGGGCCAAGAUGCACUAGGCAUGAAGAACAUGACAAAGGGCGAGAGUCUGAUGGGGGAGGUGGCCGCAGACUGGAUAGAUACGGAGUGCCCGGAGGCCAAACGACUAAAGGUGGAGGAGCCCUCUGUGGGGGCUGAGGAUGCUGUGGAUUGCCGCCAGUGGACUCAACACCACCUGGUUGCCGCUGACAUCCGUGUGGCACCAGCUAUGGCACUGACACCACCCCAGGGCGAUGCAGAAGCUGACGGCAUGGAUGUCAAUGUACGAGGGCCAGAUGGCUUCACCCCGCUGAUGCUGGCCUCCUUCUGUGGGGGGACCCUGGAGUCAAUGCCAGCCGAGGAGGACGAGGCAGAAGACACAUCCGCUAGCAUCAUCUCCGACCUGAUUUGCCAGGGGGCCCAGCUUGGGGCGAGGACUGACCGAACAGGCGAGACAGCCCUGCACCUGGCCGCUCGUUAUGCUCGAGCUGACGCAGCCAAGCGGCUGCUGGACGCCGGGGCGGACACCAAUGCCCAGGAUCACUCAGGCCGCACGCCCCUGCACACGGCCGUCACGGCUGAUGCCCAGGGUGUCUUCCAGAUUCUCAUCCGGAACCGCUCCACAGACCUGGAUGCCCGCAUGGUGGAUGGCUCCACAGCACUGAUCCUGGCGGCACGCCUGGCGGUGGAGGGCAUGGUGGAAGAGUUAAUUGCUAGUCACGCUGAUGUCAAUGCUGUGGAUGAACUUGGGAAAUCAGCCUUACACUGGGCAGCAGCUGUCAACAAUGUGGAGGCCACCCUGGCCUUGCUCAAAAAUGGAGCCAACAAGGACAUGCAGGAUAGCAAGGAGGAGACGCCACUGUUCCUAGCCGCCAGGGAGGGCAGCUAUGAGGCUGCCAAGCUACUGUUGGACCACUUUGCCAACCGUGAGAUCGCCGACCACCUGGAUAGGCUCCCACGGGAUGUGGCCCAGGAGCGGCUGCACCAGGACAUCGUGCGCCUGCUGGACCAGCCCAGUGGGCCCCGCAGCCCCUCUGGCCCCCAUGGUUUGGGGCCCCUUCUCUGCCCUCCUGGGGCCUUCCUUCCAGGUCUCAAGACAGCCCAGUCAGGGGGUAAGAAGAGUCGGAGACCCCCAGGAAAGGCAGGGCUGGGGUCACAGGGCACCCGGGGCCGGGGCAAGAAGCUGACAUUGGCGUGCCCUGGCCCCCUGGCCGAGAGCUCAGUCACCCUCUCCCCUGUGGACUCACUGGACUCCCCGAGACCCUUCGGUGGGACCCCUGCAUCCCCUGGCAGCUUCUCCCUCGAGGGGCCCUAUGCAGCUGCCACGGCCACGGCCACGGCCAUGUCUCUGACGCAGCUUGGUGGUGCCAGCUGUGUUGGCCUAGGACGCCAGCCUCCCGGAGGCUGUGUGCUCAGCCUGGGUCUACUGAACCCCGUGGCUGUACCUCUCGACUGGGCCCGGCUUCCCCCACCUGCACCACCAGGCCCCUCGUUCUUGCUGCCGCUGGCACCGGGGCCCCAGCUGCUGAACCCUGGGACCCCCGUGUCCCCCCAGGAGCGGCCCCCGCCAUACCUGGCUGCCCCGGGACAUGGUGAGGAGUACCCGGCAGCUGGGGCCCACGGAAGCCCCCCCAAGGCCCGUUUCCUGCGGGUUCCCAGUGAGCACCCUUACCUAACCCCAUCCCCUGAGUCCCCUGAGCACUGGGCCAGCCCCUCACCUCCCUCACUCUCAGACUGGUCAGACUCCAUGCCCAGCCCGGCCACGGCCACUGCAGUCACUGCUACCAGGGCCCCUGCCACGAACGCCGUGGCCCUGUCUGCCCAGCCGCUCCCCCUGUCUGUCCCUGGUCCCCUUGCUCAGGCGCAGACCCAGCUGGGGCCCCAGCCUGAAGUCACCCCAAAGAGGCAGGUAUUGGCCUGAGAUCCUCUUCAACUCCUGGAUGUUGGGGGGUAAAGUCACACCCAGUCCUACCUGACUCCCCUCCUUGUUUUCUCUCUGUCUCUCCCUGACACACUCUCUCCCCUUCCUCUCUGCACCCCUGCGCCCCUCACAGCCUGACCCAUAUGGGUCACCAGUUCAGAGCUUCAGUCUUCCUUUAUUUAUAAGGGGUGCAACUGCCUGCUACCCUCUCAGUCAUGAUGAGUUGGGGCCUCCUCUUGUUCCUCUCUGCUCACACUCCUCCUGCAAUUCUGUCCCCCGCACCUUCUUACUCCUCUAGCUUCUUUCACUCUUUACACUCUGACAUGAGUGGACUAUUAUUCUUUUUUUUUUUUUUUUUA